AUGCUAUAGGAUUAGAAGCCUUCCAAAUUCUGCUAUAGAUAUGACAUCAGAACUAAUUUGAUGAAGAGAUUAUCAAAUAUAUAAAUACCAAGAAGUGGAUUUGCUAUUGCCCAUCUAAGAAAUAGAAUAUUUGCAAUCGCUGGCAGUAAUGUUAUUUAACACACCCCUAUAAAUUCUAUUGAAUCUUAUGAUAUUACAAAAGAUGAAUGGUAGCAUUUUACUCCUCUUCCUGAUAUAAGAAUCAGCCCAACAGCAGUGGUAUUCUAAGAUAGAUUCAUUUAUGUUAUUGGAGGCUUUAAUUAUCGCUAUGAUCAAUCUAAGAUAUCAGAUUUGAUAAGAUUGGACUUAAACUAAUAAAUUCCAGCAUGGCAAACUAUUAAAAUUCAAAACAAUGUGAUACCUGAUGGUUGCCAAAUAGGAGCCCUUCCCUAUAUCAAUCCAGAAAAGCCUAAUAUUCAUUAGCUUUUGAUUUGUGGAGGUCUAAAUGGAAUACUAUUCGAUGAUAUCUAUAAGCUUGAAGUUACAAUCGAUGAAGUAGAGAAUUAGCCUCAUGAUUAAGAUUCAUAAAGUUAAUUUUCAGCUUAAUGCAUACAGCUGAAUUAAAAGCUGAAAUCCCCUGAUAGACUCUAUUUCAAUUAAUGGCUUUCUUAGGAUUAAAAACAUCAUAGUACAAAUUGGAUUUUAGUAGGCAGAGAAUCCCUCCAUCUUUUUCAAUUUGAUAAAGAUCUCACUCAGGUAAAAGAGACUAGUAUUAACGAAUAGAAUUACAAAAAGCUAAUAGAAUGA